AUGGCAGACGACGCUGCCGCCCGCCUUGAAACCGAGCUGCUGCUGCUAGAUGCCAUGUAUCCCCACCAGACGCACUAUCAUCCCAAGUCACGGGAAUUAAGCUUCUCCCAAGAUGAUCGUGCCUCGCUCCUUCUUCGCUUGCCCGAGUCGUAUCCGGCAUCAGGGUCGCCCGACAUCAUCUCUGCGACUGACGCAGCCAAGCACGACCUGCGGACGCGCAUUAGAUAUGCCGUCACAGGGCUUGGGCUGGCCCAAGGCGAAGAGGCCCUCGAUGCCAUCCUCGCUGCCUUUCGGCACAUGCUCGAUUCUGCUCCUGCUGAAUCACACAGCGGCUCGACCGCAGGGGCCGACCAGAGUCUAGACACCUCCAAGACAGUCAUUGUAUGGCUGCACCACCUUCUCAAUACCAACAAACGCAAACUUGCACUCUCACCUCCGUCUUCAGUGCCACCCGUGUCUGGGCUCACCAAGCCUGGAUAUCCUGGCUUGCUUGUCUACUCCGGCCCCUCCGUAGCUGUCACAGAGCAUGUCAACACGCUAAAAGCACAGAACUGGCAAGCGUUCCAGGUACGGUAUGAAGAAGCAGAGCUCUGGCACUUUGCACAUGGUGCCGGCGUCAGAGAGAUGGAGACUAUGAGCCAUGUCGUCAAGGGCGUCGAAACAGAAGGAGCCAUUGGGGCAACGCAGAAAGAGGAGCUUCUCAAAGCUAUCGGUAUCAAAUAA